UUUGACUGCCAUUUUUGAUUUUUUGUUUUCCAGUUCUAUUUUAUUUACAAAUCCACCAAUUCAUUGGAUUUCAACUUCAAUUCGACUUGUAGCAAUGAAUUUCAACCUUCUUUCGAAGAAACCCGCCGCCCUGCUUUUACUUGCACGACACUCAAGAUGCCUGAGCACGGUCCCACUUUCUUAUACCAAAACUACAGCAGCCCCUAGCGUCAGCGCCAACCCGCCACUGCUGAUCGUGCACGGGCUUUUUGGGUCAAAGCAAAACUGGCGCGCAAUUGCCAACCAACUGACCCGCACGCUAAACCGAGACACCUAUAGUGUCGACCUACGCAACCACGGCGAAAGCCCACACCAAUCCCCACACACAUACCCGGCAAUGUCGCAAGACAUUCAGCAAUUCAUCCAGGACCACCAGCUCACAAAACCCGUUCUCUUGGGUCACUCUAUGGGCGGCAAAGUGGUCAUGCAAGUGGCGCUGGAGCGCCCAGAUCUGGUAUCGCAGCUUAUUGUCGACGAUAUAGCGCCGGUCAAGCUCAGGCUCUCACAUGACUUUGACAAGUAUGUGGACAAAUUGAAGGAAAUUGAGGCGGCCGGGGUAAAGUCGCAGAAGGUGGCUGAUGAGAUGCUGUGCGAGGCGGAGGAGGAUUUAGGCGUGAGGCAGUUUUUGCUGACUAACAUGAAACGCAUCGAUGGGGUGUACCGUUCCAGGGUGCCGUUGGAUUUGCUACGCGAUAGCUUGAGUAAUGUCAUGGGUUGGGAGGCUGAGGGCGUGUACACGGGGCCGACAUUGUUUAUUAGCGGGAAAAAGUCGCCUCACGUCAGACCUGGGGUAUAUGAAGAGAUUAAGAAGCUUUUUCCUAACUACGAGCUUGACGAGUUGGACACUGGUCAUUGGGUACAUGCUGAGAAACCGAGAGAAUUUAUGGCGCUUGUGGAGGAGUUUAUCAGAAGAAACGAAUGAGCUUUUGUAUUUGUUUAGAAUAUUUAUUUAGAAAGUUUUAGAAAUGGUAGAAAUAAUUUUUAAGAAAUUGAAUUGAAUAGAAACUGAGUG